UUUUUUUUCGACUGUCUGCGGCCUGGUGCCCUUUUGAUAUCCAUCUAUACAUUUAAUCGACACAGUAUAUUAUAGUCAGUCUAUCCAUCAACGACGCUCACAUCCGCAUCUCGAAUAUUUGAUCGGAUUGUCAACCGAGUCCUCGACCGAACGCCCUGAACCAUAGUACAAGAUGAAGACCACUAGCCGGGCAACGAGGAGCAAAACAACCAUUGCCCUCCUCUCUGCUAUACUGAUACCUCAACUCGCCAGCGCACUACAAGUUACACCCAAUUCUCCGUGCGCCUCAGUAUGCCUAGACUCUCCCGACCUCGACCAAUCAGAUCCCAACUCUUCCAACACCAAAAACAAAGAUAUAAUCUGCAGUGAUGGAGCAGUCAACAGUCCGGCGGGAAGUAAAUGGAAAGACUGCAUGACUUGUUUACAAACCAGUCCAUUCUCACAGGACCGCGAGACUGAUCAGAUGUGGUUUCUUUACAACCUGAGAUACACUUUAUCAUAUUGUCUCUUUGCUUUUCCCAACGCAACAGAUGUCGGGACAACACCAUGCAGUACAUCCAUGGCCUGUGGCCCUUUACAACAGAGUCUACAACACGGUAUCCCUGGCCCCAAAGAUACCACGACAUCUUCAUACUGCUCGGCAGACGACGGAUAUGCAUCGGAUCCUGUCAUCUAUGGGCACUGUACCUCAUGCUUGGUAGCUGGAGGAGAGUCCAGCUACCUAGCCAAUUACUUCACCGCCCUAGAAGCCGGCUGUCAAUACAAACCUGAAGCAGGAAGUGUCAUCGGCCUGAACGACACCAUCUUCUCCAAAUCUCCCGUCGGCAUCGUCGACCCUUCAACAGUCCUCAAGUCCGAAGAGGGCCCUAAGAUCUCAACCACUAUCAUUGCCGUCAUCAUUUGUAUCAGUGUGCUCGUAAUCCUCAUCAUUUCAGCCAUAUUCUUCAUCUGCCUCAAGAAACGCCAGAACAGAGCGGCCCGCGCCGGCGCCCAGCUCGACUACGCCGAGAAGCGAGCCCGGUCCCGACACCAGCGCCAGUCUUCGCUCUCUUUCCAGUGCCAGACUCAUGUGCUUUCGCCGCGUUUUUGGCCUGGCGUGUCUCAAUCUGGUGAAAGUGGAGGAGACGAGACGACGAUGAUGAUGAUGCCGGACCCCACCAACAGCGAUGCCAACAACACCACAAGGCCCCUCUCCCAUCAGCCCGAACACUCAGCCCCUGGCACACCAGCAAGAGGACUCUCCACCCGCCGUGUUACUAGCUGGAAGCAACACAACUCGCUGAUCUCGACAGUAGCUGAGGAUAAAGCCUGGGAGCACCAGCAACAACCACAAAUCUCAUCUUCCGACACCAGAAGCGCCGUCAACCCACUAGAUCUCCACACCCUAACCACGACCGGUAUUCCUCGCUCGCCCACCCGCGCUUACUAUGGAACUCCCGCAACCCCAGCGAGCUCCAACGCUUACUACAGCCCCUCCCCAAUGUCUGCCAGCUCAACCCGCAGCACUGCCGCCUUGCUUCCUUCCAUUCAGCCUUAUAACCCAUCUGACGACCAUCAGCAUCAAAGCCAACAGACCCCGCAACUCCACAGCGCCAGCACCUUUGGCGGCCCUGGCUCCGCUGGCCUGGGUGGGCAACAAAGUCCAUGGUCAGCGACGGCAGCUAGUAGUCCCUUGUUGAAGAAUUAUGGGUGGCCUUUACCUGCUGCUCCCCAGCCUCAACAAGGAAACGAGCAGCAGAGACGAUUCAAUGGAAGUACUGUCAGUGUAACGACGCACGGCAUCCCGUCGUCGCCAAGGAGUCCGAGAUUUGGUGGGAAUGUGAUGAAGAAGAAGCCGGCGGGGAGUCCAGUUGAGAGUGUGGCGAUUCGAACGAUGUUUGAUGGGCCACCAAAAAGUCCUCGAAAGUGAGAGGCCGAGUUGUAGAUGCAUGUGCAUAGUUAGGGAUGAUAAAGGAUACCCGUGAUGAUGAUAAUGAACUGGCUUCUUCAUAUGCUCACUAGAAAGUUGUUCCCUGAUUAGAGAUCAAAGUAUACCUUGAAG